UGUUCGAAGUGUGACGAAAUGAAGAUAACGUAACGUGUCCUGGUGUUGUCAUGCAUAUGCCAUUUCGUACAACACUGAACAAACAAAAUGUGUCGAUGAUUUGGGCUAUGAGACGCCUUCAACAAGAGGGCAAGCAUUUUGAGAACCUCAAUGCAGUCAGACAACUGCAAAGCUAAAAGUGAGGAAUCGGAGGAGGAGAUGGUACGACACCAUGGUACCGAGUCCCGAGGGGCCAUGACAUUUGUCCCAGUAGGACUGAAUGUACAGAAAUUCCAGUUAUCUCCCUUGUCCUGUACGUGUCGCCGCUUCUAUGUGCAGAUAUGUAUGCUCCUGGUUAUUGUUGUGUUACUAGUGUUGAUACGGACAAUCUCCAAUGUGCGGGUCAUGUUUGAGGAGUAUCACACAGCAAGUGACACUGACGGGGAACUGGUAGUUCUGCCUCAACGAUUUGCUCAGUCUCGUUCAGCAUUCUGUCUGGAUGGGUCAGCUCCAGGCUACUAUAUACGAUAUGGUCAGUUUCCAGGUAAUACAAACUGGAUUAUAUACCUGUCACCAGGAGCCUGGUGUAGCACACCUGCUGAGUGUUAUAACAGAAGUUUUACUGCUGUUGGAUCAAGUGUCAUAGCUCCAAUCUUCUUUCCCUUUACUGGAAUCCUGUCAGCCAGCGAGGAGGAAAACCCAGAUUUCUACCGUUGGAACAUGGUUAAAGUUCUAUACUGUGAUGGUGGCUCUUUUCUAGGAAAUCGUCCAGAGCCCCUUGUGCACCAGGGCAAGUCAUUGUAUCUUCGGGGAUCACAGGUGUUUACAGCCAUUAUAGACUACCUACAGAUCAAUACAAACUUUGGGGCGGCUGAAAAGGUCAUCCUGGCUGGAUCCUCAUCGGGUGGUUUAGCUGCUCUCAUCAAUGUUGACAACCUGCGUAAGAAAUUAGUGUCAGUCAAGUCCAUACAUGCCUUACUUGAUGGCAUGUUGUUUGUGGACAGUCAGAACAUCUACGGAAAACAUACCAUGCAGGAAACCUUGAAAAAUGUCUACCACCUUCACAAAAUCGCAGAUGCCCCAGCUAUCCAAGAAUGUACUUCAAGUCUGACGUCAUCUAUUGGUUACCGCUGUUUGGACCCUACUUACUUCUACAACUACUUAUUCACACCAGUUUUCCUGAUCAGCUCUCUCCACGAUUCUUGGUACAUCAACCAUGCUUUAGCCAUCACCUGUCCAUUAAGGAAGUGUCCGCCUCAGGAUGUUAUUGUGAUAGAUCAGUACAAAUCUGCUAUAGUGCGAGCUCUCCAGCCAGUGAAACAAUCUGUUCAUGAUGGACUGUUCAUUACAUCAUGCCCUGUACAUACUUUACUGCUGACAAAGUGGUUCUCUCAUCAGGCUGUUAGUGUUAAUAACGUCACUCUUCACCAGGCCCUGUCUCAGUGGUAUAACCACCAACACCCAGCUAAGUACAUAGAGGAUCGUCAGUUUUCAGAGACCCUACACACUUGUAAAACUGUCACGUACUAGUGUACAACAAACACCUGGCCAAAUACAUGAAGGCUGUCAGUUCUUACAGAUCCUACACACCUGUAAAACUGUCACGUACUAGUGUACCACAAACACUAAGCCAAAUACAUGAAGAUUGUCAGUUCUUACAGACCCUACACACCUGUAAAACUGUCAUGUACUAGUGUACCACAAACACCUGGCCAAAUACAUGAAGGUUGUCAGUUCUUACAGACCCUACACACCUGUAAAACUCACGUAAUAGUGUACCACAAACACCUGGCCAAAUACAUGAAGACUGUCAGUUCUUACAGAUCCUACACACCUGUAAAACUCAUGUAAUAGUGUACCACAAACACCUGGCCAAAUACAUGAAGACUGUCAGUUCUUACAGACCCUACACACCUGUAAAACUGUCACGUACUAGUGUACCACAAACACCUGGCCAAAUACAUGAAGACUGUCAGUUCUUACAGACCCUACACACCUGUAAAACUGUCACGUACUAGUGUACCACAAACACCUGGCCAAAUACAUGAAGACUGUCAGUUCUUACAGACCCUACACACCUGUAAAACUGUCAUGUACUAGUGUACCACAAACACCUGGCCAAAUACAUGAAGACUGUCAGUUCUUACAGAUCCUGCACACUUGUAACAUUCUGUUUGCUUUACCACAUCUUUUCUAAUGGUAUUUUAAACGUACAUGCGAGAGACAGAGUGUAAGAAUGUAUUGCAGCUUGCAGCAAAUGUGUUUGGAGGAUGUAGGAAGCCACUAUUGGAUCAGUGUUGAAUGAAAGGGAUACUGAGAUUUGUCUGAAGUUAAAGCCAGAUUUAAUUUAGUCAUGAUUUGAGUUUUAAUUAAUUCAUUGUGUGUACAAUGAUAUUUGAACUUUUCCCUCUGAUAAACAGAUUGGUGUACACUGGCUGAUCGAACAAGUUUGUCCUUUUUACAUUCUUAGUGUAUGUAUUUUAUAAUGGUGUCUGAAUUGUUUUUUCAACAGAGUUUGAAGAAGGAUGUGAUAUUUCAGAUAUUUUUACUGGUUUUCAUAGAUCAAUUUUAGCUCACCUGAAGAAUAAGUGAACUAAUGCCUUGGUGUGGCACCCAGCUUUAGCUUUUCCCUAUAAAAACUUUCUCUUAGCAACUGAAAGGCUCUAGUUACUGAUAGUGGGAGUAUGUGCUGUAUAAAAUUUAACAUUCAGAAAUGUGAUUGAAUCUUAAAGCAUAUAAAUAUCAUCCUUUAUGAGGAAAUGGAUUUAAAUCAAACCAGAUCACAGAAUGUGCAAUAUAUGUAGGCUGUAUACAAUAGUACUUAGUAGUGUAUCCUUUAUCUAGUAGAGUGGAAUAUAUAGUAUUGUCUGUCCAUCUGUCCUUCUGUCUACAAUAAAAUCAUUCAUAUUACAAUAUAUACCGUGACAUGUAGUUAAUAUUCAUUUUAACAAUUAGUUUUGAUUUUAAUAUUCAUUAAUUGAGGUUUAGGGUUCAAAGGUUAGACUCCAUAAGUUAAGCUUACCUUGAGUACAUCAUUGUAAGCUCUUGCUGACCUGGUUCUAUUGGUUGGACCUUAAUUCUAUGAAGUUGCUCACAUACGCGAAGGUUUUAUGGGUAUUAAGGUCAAAGAUACGGUGACAAACAUGUUUCCUUUUUCUCUGUACCAUUGUUGUGUCGUGAGGCAACUUCAGUUAAGUGUUUGAUCAUGUGACUAUCUUAUAUCAUUCCCUGAAUAGUUUGUUGUCCUGGAUUUGCUGAUUUUGUGAUAAUUGACAUUCUAGUCCCAAACAUUACAGAUAAAUGCAGCAUGGAUUUAUGAAAUCACUUUGUUGUUUAGCAAGUGUUACUUGUUUGAUUGUAUGUGGUACAAUGGAUUGAAGGUGUGAUUGUCAAUGAUGUAUUGGUCAUACAGUAAACCUUAACCUUUUAAAGCUUUUGACCAUUUUCACAAUACACAGACUUAAAAUAAAAGGUUAAAUAUGACCAGAGUCACAUGGUUCAGCAGGAUUUAUUUAUAGAUUUAUUUAUUUACUACUGAACCUUCUGACAGAUGUUGUCAUAUCUACCUUUCACUUUGAUUUCUGUUUGGAACUGGACUCUGUAUUCCAUUAGGAAUCCAUCUCCGAAAGACUACCACAAUUUUUAGAAGAUUUUCUGGCGGACAUUGCAGCACAUUUUCUUUGUAUGAAGAAAAAAAAUAUUUAGCUCAGUUAAGAUAAGACGAGAAUAUCAGCAUUCUUCUUUGUCUCCUUGCAUCUCUGACUUUUACUUGUUCAGUUACCCUCAUAGAAGCUUGAUGUAAGUAAGUAUUCCAUGUAUAAACUUACUGAUGACCACCCGAUGGCUGGAAUAGCAUCUGUUCCUAGUCUUUUCUCAAGAUAUCAAAUAAACUGGAAGAUUGCAUAUUGUUCAUUUAGAAUUUCAUCAAUUAUUGUGUUUCCCUGCAGAAAGUGAUACCUGUUAUUGCUACAAAAACAAAGAUAACUAUGAGAAAGUUAUCAAUCUAAACAAACAACACAGUGGCCUAUUGUUUUGUUGUUUAUAAAUAUAUUUUACAUUGAUCUUUAAUAAUUUGUUGUCAACAGUAUUGAAAUGUUGGUGUCAGAUUGAAUUUAUGUCAGAACUUGAGAUGAUUUGUGUAGUGCUCCCUUCAGAAAUCUGUGAAGUUUUUUGUCGACAGUAUUGAAAUGUUGGUGUCAUAUUGAAUAUAUGUCAGAACUUGACUGUUGAUUUGUGUAGUGCUCCCUUCAGAAAUCUGUGAAGUUUUUUGUCGACAGUAUUGAAAUGUUGGUGUCAUAUUGAAUAUAUGUUAGAACUUGAGUUGAUUUGUGUAGUGCUCCCUUCAGAAAUCUGUUAUUUGUCAACAUUGAAAUGUUAGUGUCAGAUUGAACUUUUAGUGCUCCCUAAAUUACGGACUCUGUGAAGAUGAUAAAAGUCAUUUCAAAGUUGAUAAAAUAUUGCUCUGUUUUUCCUUUUUUGUGAAGUUUUUACAUAUGCAAAGUAUUAGCUCAUUAAUAUGCAAAUGAGUGUUUUGAUAUGAUUUGUUAAAGUAUGUGCUGAAAUUUCUGGUAUACAUGUAUCAACAAUGAAGCAGUAUUGUUAUCAGUGAUCAGGAUAAAACAAAGUGGUGUGGAACAAAUAGUCUUAGUACCGUUUUCACUUUCUAGGUUUACAUAAGCUUCACAUAUUUCUGGUGUGUAUGUACUGCAAUACAAUCGUAAAGGCAAUACAUAGAUUUAUAAUAUAAGUUUAUUUGUGCUUCUUUAUAUUACUCAUGUAAUGACAUUUUCCAUCAAAUAUUUUAUGGCUUUGUAAUAUUUGUUAGUUUGUUAGUUGUGCAUAUUUUUGUUUUUUCUGUUUGUUUUUUUCCCCUAAUUUUGUGUAGACACAUAUGUAUACAUUUUGAAGAUCAAAGUUUCAAGAUCAAAGUCAAUGAAUGUACAUUAAAGGACAAUGUUAUUAUGUGUGUACCACUAAAACACUUUAAACAUUCCUGUUUAGAUCAACUUACUGAAAGUCCUCUUUAUUUUUGCAUGGUAAUUUACUUGAUGUGAACAAAUUGUACUGAACUAUAUACAAUAUAAUGUUAAUUGUUUUUAAUCAACUUUAGUUUACAACAGUUAACUUACAUGUAUUUCUUUGGAUCACAAAAUUUGUAAAAAUAUUGUUGUAAGUUGCAUGUGGAAUAUUAGUUGGGCAUCACUUACAGUAACAGGCAUUUAUGUAUGCCUGGUUAAUUGCCCAGUCAACAGCCAGUGGACAUUUUGAGGUGCAGUUACUUUGGCCUAGUACUGUAAAGUUAUAUAUUUUCAUGGAAAUCAGUUUUCUUUGUUUUUCAAAAAUUUCCAAUUUCAUUGUCACUUGAUUCGGUGGAUGAAUAUAGCUCAUUGAUUAAUGAACAUAAAAAUUAGUUGAUUAAGAGUACCCUUGAUAUCAAUAAAAAUAAGUCCCCACAAGAAUUAACAAUUUUACAGUAAUAGCCUGCAAUCUGUUAUUCUGAGCAACUGAGGUAAAAUGUCUCACCAGAAGACACUACAGUACAGUAGGUUCCAACUUGUCAGGCCUCUGAGAUACACAAUCACCGUCAGUAGCAAUGUCUUAUACGAUGAUGACGUGAAGUGAAAGCCUGAAAUAAGUGACCAAUAUCUGACAACAUCUAUCUCAUGGUUCACAACGACCUGAAAGUAUGUGUGGCACAUUUUGCUAUCUUGGUAAAGUGUAUGUGCGAACUUAAUGCAUGUUUUAUUAAUACUCUUGUCCUUCAUGAAGAAUCUUUAACAGAGAUUAUGUGCCAAACAAUUUAUGUAUUUCUGUUAAUGUUUUGAAAUGUAAGAAAUCCAGAGUUAUCCUUUUUGAUAUCACAGGAAGACAUACAGGGAAUAUGUCUUCCUCGUAUUCAUCAUCAGUCACACAGUACUUCGUGGGUUUGUUUUUUAUUAGUAAGUAGUGCUUGUGGAGGACAUAAUAAGUACUAUGUUCACAUGGAUUUCUCUCAAAAUGUGUUGCCUUAACUCUGUAAUGUAUCGUCUAUUGGAAUUAAAUUUUGUUUUUAAAGAAA